UAUAUACUUGACCUCAAAUAUUUUGUUAUAUAAUUUGAGCAAAUUAACGGUUUGAUACAUUUAAAUUAGUAGAUGCUGUUGGGAUAAUUAAAGCAACAAUGUUGUAUAUUAGGAGUUCUGUAUUUUUUUGUUUUUCUAUAUGGAUCUCGCUAGCGAUGGGUACUACAACGCAAGAAUACCUAGAUUUCGUGUUGCCUUUAGUAAAAAACGCGGGACAAGAACUUUUAUCCGUUAAAAACGUCGAAGUGGAAGAGAAAGGGGAAUUCUACGAUGUAGUGACCGUUUACGACAGGAAAAUCGAGCAAAUUUUAUUCAAAAAAAUUAAAGAACGAUGGCCCGACCACAAGUUUAUAGGCGAAGAAGAAUCUUACACGAAAGGCAUAUCGCAAUUAUCGAACGAAUCGACAUGGAUAAUAGACCCUAUAGACGGCACCGCGAAUUUCGUCAGAAACUUAAAAGACGCCUGCAUAUCCGUAGGUCUCGUGAUAAACAAAGAACAAGUCAUGGGGGUCGUUUACAACCCUUUCAUGGAUGAAUUAUACACGGCCAUUAAAGGACAAGGAGCCUAUCUCAACGGAGUUAAAAUACAAACAAACGGCGCAACAGAUAUCAGCAAAUCGGUGUUCAAUUACGAGCUGUCUUUAGGGGUGAACACUAAAUAUUACGACCUGUACAUGUACCGUUUGAAGCAUCUGUUGAAACACAUCGGCGGAAUUCGAUCGAUGGGAUCGGCUGUGAUGGGUCUUUGCUAUGUAGCAACCGGUCGAAUGGAGGCCUAUCAAUGCGAUGGGUUAUUCCCCUGGGACGCGGCCGCUGGAGUACUCAUAGUACGAGAGGCCGGAGGAUAUGUUCGUGACUCGAAUGGUGGAGAGUUUGACCUAAUGGAUCCCAAUUACAUAGCCACCGCGACGAAAGAACUAUCCGAUAAAUUCAUGGAAAUCGAACGAAGGGCCGAUCAAGAACGAGAAAGCGAUGCGCAAAACCACAAACAACUAAAAUUUUAA